AUGGGCGUCAUUGACGAGGACCGAAGCUUUUUUAAACUGCUUAUAAAUGAUAUUGAACCAGGGACGAAGUGGUCGGAAAGUCUUGGCGGGAACAGUGGGUUGCGCUCGAUGAUGAACAUAAUCAGCACGAAGCGAAAUGGAAUGAAUACGGAUAAGGCUGAUUACGUUCUUUGGGACACCCUGAACAGCCUGGUCAUAUGUGAAGACUUUAGCGUCGGUAUUUUAUUACAGGUGGCGCAAGUGGAAGUGGAUGACAAUGAUGAGAUGCACAUUGCGUAUGACCACUCUACAAGUGGAAGGAUGAACAGGAUCUGUAGGCUCUGGUUUGAAAUGUGCAACACUGUUUAUCACGCUCCACAGACAAUGAUGACUGAUCGGAAAAAAACAUGA